AUGAGGCUCCGCAGUUGGGCGUGGAACACGAGCCGUAGUGUUAGAAACUACUCCAAGAACACUCACCCCCAAAAUGUCGAGGCUGAGUGUACCAAGCCCCCUGGCGUGUUGGCCGAGAAGGACACGCAGCCAGAGGACACGCAGCCAGAGGGCAAGGAGCUAGAUGAUGUUUUUCUCAACCUGGCCCGCAUGCGCAUCCAGCCCCAAGUAGAUCCUGCUACGAAAAUGGUGCACACUGUGGUCGGUGACUUGCCUGUGUCGCCGCUCAUGAAUCCAGAGUAUCUGGCCACCAAGAGAAAAUAUGUCGAACCCAAGGCCAAGGUUGACAAGUCAAAGCACGGAAAAAUGGAAAAGCAACUCGCCAGAAACCCAUAUGCUUGGGCUUUGGCCAGCCCUGUUCGUAAUGCGUGCUUCCCCGGAAAAGGAAUACUGCUUCCGCGCUUCUUCCUGCAAGACUUUUCUUACAUCCCACACCCCGAGACUAAGGCACCGUGGAUGGUGCCAGUGUCUCUGAUGUCCGAGAGUGACAAUGAGGCAGGGGCUCAGGAGACAGCUGAUAGCGAGUUUGAGGAAACUGCAGCAUUUGAGGAAACCAGCGAUGGUAAUCCUGCUGACACUGAUGAGUUUGAUGGUGCCGGGCACCCUUUGUCAGCUGCCAGAAAAGGCAGACCUCGAGGGCUGCCCCGCGCAGCCUCGCCAAUCUCGUAUGCGCUCUGCCGGCGUGAUGCCCUGAAAGUACUUUCUCCGACCAGUGAUGCGUCUUCCUUGAAACGCAAAACUCCCAGCAAAUUACCGAGACACACAGCUUCCGGCCGCCUGAGGGCAAGGAUGGCUGUUAUGGCCAAUGUCGAAAACCCAGACACCGUAGUAUACCGCGCCGACAUGGACACUUACGUGCUGGACUUGAUGCGCGCGCGGACAAUGGAGCAACUGAUGCACUAUGCCCGUAUCUGCGACGCUCCGGUCAAGCCCAAGAACUACCUCUUGCGGUGCGAGGGACACUGGGACCAGAUCCAUACGCAUACCCGCCGCGGAUGUGUUCUCUGGAUGGGUGAUUGUGACGACAAUGAGGUCGAGAGACCAGGGGAGUUUGAAACGGUGAGGCUACAAGGCGUCAAGCUCAGCGGGGUCUUACCCGUGCAUGACCUGACCGUCCUGCUGGGACCGGAGAACGUCAAGAAACUGCGCCUAGGUUCCAGAAUUUUCAGCGAGGGAUCCACGUUCUUGCUUGGGGGACAACCUUCGGCUCGGUUGCAAAUGAAGCUGUGGAAACUCCAGGGUUACCUGGCUUCAUACGAAGUUGAAAACCAUCCAAGAGAGAUUUUGACGACCGCGGACGCAUAUACACACAUACUCAAGAUGGCUGAGACUUUCGAGUUCCAAGCUGAGAUCUCUCAGCUGUUGUCGCUCAUCAUCAACACCGUCUACUCCAACAAGGAGAUCUUCUUGAGGGAACUGGUAUCAAACUGCUCAGAUGCCCUCGACAAGAUCCGGUACGAGGCCUUGUCGGACCCCAGCAAGCUGGAUUCCGGCAAGGACCUGCGUAUCGACAUUAUCCCCGACAAGGCAAACAAGACCCUCACCAUCAAGGAUACCGGUAUCGGUAUGACCAAAGCUGACUUGGUCAACAACCUUGGUACCAUUGCCCGCUCGGGCACCAAGCAGUUCAUGGAGGCACUCACCGCUGGUGCCGACAUCUCCAUGAUCGGUCAGUUCGGUGUUGGUUUCUACUCUGCCUACCUGGUGGCCGACAAGGUUACCGUCAUCUCAAAGCACAACGACGACGAGCAGUACAUCUGGGAGUCGAGCGCCGGUGGCACCUUCAGCAUCGCACCCGACACUGAGGGCGAGCCUCUUGGCCGCGGUACCAAGAUGAUCCUCCACCUCAAGGAGGAGCAGCUCGACUACCUCAACGAGAGCAAGAUCAAGGAGGUCAUCAAGAAGCACUCCGAGUUCAUCUCUUACCCCAUCUACCUCCACGUCGAGAAGGAGGUUGAGAAGGAGGUUCCCGAUGAGGAGGCUGAGACCAAGGAGGAGGAGGGUGACGACAAGAAGCCCAAGAUCGAGGAGGUCGAUGACGAGGAGGAGGAGAAGAAGCCCAAGACCAAGAAGAUCAAGGAGACCAAGGUCGAGGAGGAGGAGCUGAACAAGCAGAAGCCCAUCUGGACCCGGAAUCCCCAGGACAUCACCCAGGAGGAGUACGCAGCCUUUUACAAGUCGCUCUCCAACGACUGGGAGGACCACCUGGCCGUCAAGCACUUCUCGGUUGAGGGUCAGCUUGAGUUCCGUGCCAUCCUGUUCGUCCCCAAGCGUGCCCCCUUCGAUCUCUUUGAGACCAAGAAGACCAAGAACAACAUCAAGCUCUACGUCCGCCGUGUCUUCAUCACCGACGACGCCACCGACCUGGUGCCUGAGUGGCUCAGCUUCGUCAAGGGUGUCGUCGACUCUGAGGACCUUCCUCUCAACCUGUCUCGUGAGACUCUCCAGCAGAACAAGAUCAUGAAGGUCAUCAAGAAGAACAUUGUCAAGAAGUCUCUGGAGCUCUUCCAGGAGAUUGCCGAGGACAAGGAGCAGUUCGACAAGUUCUACAGCGCCUUCAGCAAGAACCUCAAGCUCGGUAUCCACGAGGAUUCCGCCAACCGCCAGACCCUUGCCAAACUCCUCCGCUUCAACUCGACCAAGUCUGGCGAUGAGCUGACCUCGCUGUCCGACUACAUCACCCGCAUGCCCGAGGUGCAGAAGAACAUCUACUACAUCACUGGCGAGUCCCUCAAGGCCGUCCAGAAGUCUCCCUUCCUCGACUCGCUCAAGGAGAAGAACUUUGAGGUUCUGUUCCUUGUUGACCCCAUUGAUGAGUACGCCAUGACUCAGCUCAAGGAGUUCGAGGGCAAGAAGCUGGUAGACAUCACCAAGGACUUCGAGCUCGAGGAGACCGAGGAGGAGAAGGCCAUCCGCGAGAAGGAGGAGAAGGAGUACGAGGACCUUGCCAAGGCCCUCAAGAACGUCCUCGGCGACAAGGUCGAGAAGGUCGUUGUCUCCCACAAGCUGGUCGGCGCUCCUUGCGCCAUCCGCACUGGCCAGUUCGGCUGGUCGGCCAACAUGGAGCGUAUCAUGAAGGCUCAGGCUCUCCGUGACACCUCCAUGUCGAGCUACAUGUCAUCCAAGAAGACAUUCGAAAUCUCGCCCAAGAGCCCCAUCAUCAAGUCGCUCAAGUCCAAGGUUGAGAGCGACGGCGAGAACGACAAGACCGUCAAGUCGAUUGUCCAGCUCCUCUUCGAGACCUCCCUGCUCGUCUCUGGCUUCACCAUUGAGGAGCCUGCCGGCUUCGCCGAGCGCAUCCACAAGUUGGUGUCUCUUGGUCUGAACAUUGACGAGGAGCCCGACGCGUCUGCUGACGCACCGGCCGCUGACGCCUCGGCACCUGCUGCUGAGACUGGCGACAGCGCCAUGGAGGAGGUCGACUAA